AUGGCUGCCAAACUGUUACAUUCGUUGGCUGAUGAUAAUCCAGAUUUGCAGAAGCAAAUUGGUUGUAUGACUGGUAUUUUUCAAAUCUUUGAUCGUCAACAAAUGCUCACUGGUAGGCGCCUCAGCCAUAAAAAGCUGCCUCCAGGUGAAUCUCACUUGGUUCGUGGAAGCUCAGACCGGGAAUCUUUCGAUACAUACCGUCGGCGUCCUCUUGAUACAAGCUUGAACAAGUGUUCGAAUGAAAAGCAAAGGAUGUCCACAGAAUCAUCACGGGCUUCUUUCUCUUCCUCAUGUUCCUCUUUAUCCUCUCUUGAAAACAGGACCGCUCAACCCGAAACCUCAUCUACAGAUAGAAUAAUCUUUCCUGAAACUCCAUCAAGGGAUCCAGUUUUAACUCACCAGCCGAGUACCUGCUCAUAUUCAGAGAGGCACUCUGUUGAUCUUCGAGAAGUAGUUAAGGACUCUAUGUAUAGGGAUGCCAGAGGGCUAUCAGUCAAGACCAUGUCAAAACAGGAAGCAAAGGGAAGUAGUGAUGUGAAGCAUAAAGAUUCUCCAAGGCCAUUGCUGCACACUAAGUCAGCAGCAGAUGGAUCUUAUGGGGUUGCAACAAUCAAUAAGGUGAAGCAGAAUGUGCCUGUUGAUCAUGUCCAUGAUUCUUUACGAGCUCUUGCCAAGAUUCGAGAAGCACCUUGGUACCACAAUGAAACUAGAGAACAUGCAAGACCAUCAUCAUAUGAAUCAAAGGAUGUUUGGAGCACAGCUACAAAAGAUGCCCCUCGCUUUUCUUAUGAUGGUAGAGAUUCGAAUCGUUUGUCUUUUGAAUCACGGGAUUCCAUCAGGGCUACUAGCCCCAAGCUGAAAGAGCUUCCCAGACUUUCAUUAGACAGUAGGGAACGUUCUAUGAAGGCUGCUUCCAUGGCUGAUUCAAAAAGAAGCAGUUACCUCUCACGAGAUUUACAACAUAUGUCAAACUCAGAUGAACGGGUUUACAAUGCACAGAAGCAAUCAGGAAACCCAAACAGGCCGCCAAGUGUGGUAGCUAAGUUAAUGGGGUUGGAGAUGUUACCAGAUUCUGCAUCGUCUAGUCAAUCGGCAGGUUCACUCAAGACAACAAUAGGUGAACAUACUGAUGCCUUCUCAAGAUCCUUCAAGCAAAAUGAUGCGAAUUUGGGUAUCAGGAUUCCCAAGUCUCCAAGAAGCAUGGCAAAAGAGCCAGUCCUCUCACCGCGACGGAAGAAUCCUGAUCAUUUAAUCAUGAGACCUAUUUCAAAGUUGCCAAUUGAACCAGCUCCAUGGAAGCAGAUGGAUGGAAUGAGAGGGGCUCAAAAAUCAUCUUUCAAGUCUGGAAAGACCUUUCCAACCAAUACACAAAACUCUUUUCCCUCUGUGUACAGUGAGAUCGAGAAGAGACUGAAGGAUCUUGAGUUCAAACAGUCUGGGAAAGAUCUGAGAGCUCUUAAACAGAUUCUAGAAGCAAUGCAAGCUAAGGGGCUCCUUGAGACUGGGAAAGUGGAAGAGCAAAAUUCCAAAUUCGGAACAACUCAAGCAGAUUUUGACCCGAGAAAUGCCACUACCCAAAGCCCUUCAAGAUUAUCAAGGCAAGAAAAUCUUGCCAGUACAUCUACUGCAGCUAAAGCUUCUAAUUCUUUGAGGACAUAUGAGUCACCAAUUGUGAUCAUGAAACCAGCAAAACUAGUUGAGAAAUCUGGUAUUCCUUCUUCCUCAGUGAUCCCCAUUGAUGGGCUUCCCGGGUUUCACAGAAUUCACAAUGGUGGAUAUGCAAUCAGUAGCCGGGUGAUUAAAGACCAGUCACCGCGAAACACUCAUAGAGAAUCAGUUUCCUACUCUGGUGACAAGAUAACAAGUGGCAGCAGGGGCAUAAGAUCAAAUCAAACUUCUAAGCCUCAGCAAAGAGAGAGCACAAGCAGCUAUGUAAAGAGCACAGGAUCAGUGAGCCCGAGAUUGCAACAGAAGAAGCUCGAGCUGGAAAGGAGAUCUCGCCCACCUACUCCCCCAAGUGAUAUUACAAGCAAACCGAGAAGAAGACAACAAUCUGGAAGACAGCCACCACCAGAGUCAGGUUCACCUGGUGGUGGGAAGCACAGGAUCAGGUCUCCUAAACAGGCACAGAAUGAUGACCAACUGAGCCAGAUAAGUAAUGAGUCAAGAACUUCAAGCUAUCAGGCCGAUGACAUCAUGUCUAUGCAGUCUGACCACACUGUUACAGUCUUCGACCUGAAGACCGAUUUCGAAGUCACAAGUGCUGAUCGAUCUUGUGAAAUUCAGAGUCCACCAUUGAAGGCAUCUACUACCAGUUAUGUGGUUUCUUAUCCAAUGCUGCACAGUAAAGAGACUUCAAACUCUGAUGAAGAGGUGGCUGGCGUGGAGUUAGUUGUUGCUCCUGAGCAACCUAGUCCUGUCUCCGUCCUUGAUUCUUCAGCAUAUAAAGAUGCUGCCAUAUCCCCAGUGAAACAGGCACCCAGUACGCCUGGAGGUGGCGGUGCUCAGAAUUCCACGGAUAGUCAAAACGGCAAUCCGUGGAACUCCUCAGAGUCCCUGUCCAACAACUGCACAGGCUCAGGUCUCCUCUCUGAUAUCAAUCGCAAGAAGUUAAAGAACAUUGAGAAUUUAGUACAAAAGCUUAGACGUCUAAACUCUACACAUGAUGAAGCUAGCACAGAUUAUAUCGCUUCACUCUGCGAUAACAGUGAUCCAGACCACCGAUACAUCUCUGAAAUCUUGUUAGCUUCAGGCCUUCUACUUAGAGAUCUUGGCUCAGGGCUAACAACAUUUCAGCUUCACCCAUCUGGUCAUCCCAUCAACCCCGAGCUUUUCUGUGUACUGGAGCAGACGAAAGCCAGCAAUUUGCAAAUGAAGGAACAGAGCAGUGGCCCCAUGAAAGCGGAGAAGUCCCACCGUAAGCUAAUAUUCGAUGCUGUGAAUGAGACCCUUGUAAAAAAGUUAGCCUUGGUGAGCGUCGAGCCAGAACCAUGGCUGAAGUCGGGUAAACUUGCCAGGAAGACCACCACAGCACAGAAGCUUCUGAAGGAGCUGUGUUUGGAAAUAGAACAGCUUCAAGUCAAGAAAUUGGAGGAAUGCAGCUUGGAAGACGAGGAGGAUGGUUUGAAAGUUAUUUUGUGUGAAGACAUGACACGAAGAUCUGAUUCUUGGACAGAGUUUGAUAAUGAGGUUUCUGGGUUGGUAUUAGAUGUUGAGAGACUGAUUUUUAAGGACUUAGUUGAUGAGAUUGUGAUGGGAGAAGCAGUUGGCGGACCGAGAACCACCAAAUUAGGUAGGAGGAGGCAGCUGUUUGCGAAGUAG